AUGGCAACACAAACCUUAUAAAGAACGGAGGCACACCCCGCUGGAGGCCUCAGUUCAGCUCACCUCUCAGACCGCCACAGCAGCACCUUGACAAUCAUGCUCAGCCUCAUCAGAUUACCACGAGUCUUCACCAUCAAUCAAGUCCCCAAAGUUUUCCAUGAGGACUGCAUCAUCUCCGGGUACCGACACCCACGCAGCUCAGCCACUGACUGCAUCCUGAGCCUGUUCCAGCUGACCAAUGAGACCCUCAACAUUUGGACUCACUUUUUGCCCACCUGGUACUUCCUGUGGAAACUAGUGACGGUGGUGCUGAUGCAGACAGCAUGGCAGGACUCCUUCACCUGGCCUCUGGUGAUCUUCCUGCUCUCGUGCUGCGUUUAUCCGUUGGCGUCGAGCUGUGCUCACACCUUCAGCAGUAUGUCAGCGCGAGCACGCCACAUCUGCUUCUUUUUCGACUACGGUGCCCUCAGUUUCUACAGCCUGGGGUCAGCCAUCAUCUAUUCAGCGUAUGUUUUCCCGGACAAGUGGGUGAACAGCUUCUUCCACCGGUGCUACAUCCCCAUCGCUGUGGUCAACACUGUCGUCUGCACCAGCCUGGCCUGCUACUCCAGGCUUGGCUUACCAUUUCUACAAUAUAAUCAUGACACCAUAAAGAGAUUCCCUGAGUGCCAGAGUCCGAAGUUCAGCAAAUUUCUUCGAGUUGUUGCCUUUGCCUACCCCUACCUGUUCGACAACAUUCCUCUGUUCUAUAGGGUGUUCCUGUGUGUAGGGGAUGGCUGUACAGACAAUGACACCAACAUCCUCCACUACAACCACGUCGCCUUGGCUUUCCUCACAGGUUUCCUGUUUGCCACACAUUUACCUGAGCGCCUGGCACCUGGCAGCUUUGACUACAUUGGUCACAGCCAUCAGCUCUUCCACGUGUGCGGCAUCCUCGGCACCCACUUCCAGAUGAAGGCCGUUGAGCAGGACAUGGUGACACGACGCGCCUGGCUCCUUGAACACUCCAUUCCCAUCACCUUUUCCAACUCAAUGGGUGCAGCGCUGCUUUGUGUGGUGCUGAAUCUGACUAUUAUCAUCCUCUUCAGUCUACCCCUCCUCUCUGCACCAGUCUGCCAGGAAAAGAAAUGUGGUAAAAGUCCAAAGAAAGCCUCAGCCAAGGUCUGCUCCUGCUGCUAAAUCACAAGCUCCAAAAGUCACAGCUGAGAGAUCUCAGCUGGUCACGAGACAUUCGAACAUGCAAAAAGAGUGCAUUAUGGGUGAAAUAAAAACAAUAUAAAGAGCACCCUGAGCUAAAGGGAGCUGAUAUAAUGUUUAAAUGAGUGAUAAAUUGCAGUCUACACUAAACUAAAUGGUGGUAUUUGCCCUUCAGACAUCACUGUAAUGGCUGCUGUUAGAUGUGGGGGGUAAACUGAAAAUAAGGGCAUCAUUUGCACAAACAUGCAAUGGAAAUUUAACAAAAAUGUUUGUUACCAUAAUAUGUGAUGGAUCUAAAUGUUUCUGAGGAAACUUGUUCCAGUAAAAAGCUCCAAAUGUAGUAGGUUAACUACAUUAUGAGGCAGUGAUUUAUAUGCUGUAAAAACCCUGUAAAAUACGUGUAAAAUAAGUGUAAAUUUAACUUUUAGACACUGUACCUGUACCUCUUUAUAGUGCUUGGGCUUGUACACAGCCUAAACAUAUCAAGACAAAGGCAGUUAUGACAAGGGAAGACAAAUAUUUUGCUUUGAACUGUCUUUAGUAAUUUAAUAGAUUAAAAGUUUAGUUACUGAUAAUUUAACCUAUCUGAAUCAAAACAAAGGUUUUCAGAGUAGUUUAUUUCCCUCAGAUGAUUGCCGUUUCUGUCCCAGUGGACAUUGUUCCUUUGCAAAACUGAAAGUAUUUAAGUACAAUGUUAUUUAUUAUUACUUUUUCAAAUAAACUGUAAAGCA